UUAACCACUGCACCAUGAUGGGAACUCCCCAAAAUGGAAUUUUUUUAAGUAAAAAUCACUCAUAACCUACCAUCUAGAGAUAAAUGCUUUUAAUGCUUUGUUAUAUAUAUUUGUAUAUAUAACAAAUUGAGAAAUAUUUGUAUUUUCUCUACUUAUAUCUACAAAAAUAUGAUAUAUACAGCUUUUAAUAUACUAUUGAUUUAACCUAUUAUACAUGUAUUUACUUGUCAUUAAAUACAUAUCUACAUUAUCAUUUUUAAUGAUAUCCUAGUUUAGAUUACCAUACUAACCCCUCAUUGGCAGACACUGGCAACCACUUUGUAAGGUGGUUAUCUUGCAAAAUCAGUUGAAAUGGCUCACCUUUUCUACUGGAGUUCGCUUUUAGAGACCAUCUCUUAAAAGAUGAUGCAUUCUGCCUACCCAGACAGAGAACAGAACCCCACCAAACACCUCCACCCAGUUUUCGCAUUCAAAUAAGUGCAAAUUUAAUUGUUACCACCUUAUCACAAUAUACCAGAGGUAUGCUAAGUGUUUUAUCUAAGAUAUCUCACUUUAUCCCCAACUACUAUGUUCUGUAGGUGCUGCUAUUGUGCCUCAUGUUAUGGCAGAAAAAGGUGAGGGCGCAGGCCGCAACUCAAAUGUGGCCAAGUCCGAAUCGGAGCCCGAGCUCCUGUGCUAAGGUGUUGACUUCCUGUUGCAUUCUAAAAAUUAUCCUGAUUCUUUAAGAGUGAUAAUAAAUAAGAUUUUCUUGUCACUUUAAAAAAUUAAUUGCACCUUUUGUUUUCAGUGUUUGUUUGUUUUUUCUUCCAAUGGUGUUCAUUCUUUUUACUGAAAUAUUUCUGGAGUGAUUGUAGUGUGCUUACUCUUCCUUAAAAUUUUGUCAUUUUUCUUGGUGCCCUAACUCUUGGGGAUUCUCAAACAACUUCCCAGUUGAAUUUCUUAAAUACACAUACAAGUAGAAAUAACAGGGUCGUACUGCUUAAAACAGUUUCUUUAUCCAGGAUUGUGAAUUCAGAAUAAGUCAGGAUUCAUUUUUCAGAGACGAUAAGUGUCUUUUUCCUAAAAGCAGUAUUUUGGAUUGAGAGUUGAUGGCCUAAUUAGCCUUGGACAUUUUUUUAGCUUCUUAUAGAGAGUACUAUAGAUUGUUUCAAAGUAGUAAGGAGGUUUUAUUGUCCCUUAGGGUGCCUGGUUCUGCCUGACUCUCAUUAUUUACUUCCCUGAAUGGCUCCUCUCCAGUGAAACUGGAAGAUAAAGGUCAUCUGGAUGUCAGCAUGGCAGCCACAAACCUGGAGAACCAGUUGCACAGUGCACAGAAGAACCUCCUGUUCCUUCAGCGGGAGCACGCCAGCACGCUCAAGGGGCUGCACGCUGAGAUCAGGCGGCUGCAGCAACAUUGCACAGAUUUAACGUACGAGCUGACACUCAAAAGUUCGGAUCAGACAGGAGACGGAUCUUGUAGAAGCAGUGAACUCAAGAAAAGAUGUGAAGACCUGGAGGCUCAGCUGAAGCUGAAGGAAGAGGAGAACAACGAGCUGCUGAAAGAGCUGGAGCAGAAGAACGCGAUGAUCGCGGUGCUGGAGAACACCAUCAAGGAGAGGGAGAAGAAGUACCUGGAGGAGCUGAAGGUGAAGAGCCACAAGCUGGGUAUGCUGACCAGCGAGCUGGAGCAGCGCGCCAGCACCAUCGCCUACCUGACCUCCCAGCUGCACGCCACCAAGAGGAAGCUCCUGAGCUCCAGCGGGACCUCGGACGGCAGCCCAUCAGGCAGCCCGGUGCUGGCUAGCUACAAGCCGGCCCCGCCCAAGGACAAGCUGCCCGAGACGCCCCGCCGCCGUAUGAAGAAGAGCCUCUCGGCCCCGCUGCACCCCGAGUUCGAGGAGGUCUACCGAUUCGGGGCCGAGAGCCGGAAACUCCUUCUGCGGGAGCCGGUGGACGCCAUGCCCGACCCCACGCCGUUCCUGCUGGCCAGGGAGUCGGCCGAGGUCCACCUCAUCAAGGAGCGGCCCCUUGUCAUCCCGCCCAUCGCCUCGGACCGCAGCGCAGGCGAGCAGCACAGCCCCGCCCGCGAGAAGCCGCACAAGGCGCACGUGGGCGUGGCGCACCGCAUCCACCACGUGACCCCGCCGCAGGCCCCGCCCGAGGUGGAGACGCUGGCGGUGGACCAGGUGAACGCAGGUAAAGUGGUGAGGAAGCACUCAGGGACCGACAGAACUGUGUGAAGGCCCCGGGCCGCCCUGCACCCCGGCUGUCGAUGCACUGUGAUCACUACUAGGAAAAACUCAUCCGCACCUUUUCCUUUCUUUUAUUUUAAAAAAUUCCCAUGCAUGCCAAAUUUUUUCAGACCUGUCAACAGAUUAUUCUCUCCCUGCUCCUCUAGCCCUCUUACUGACACCACAACACGAUCGCGUCCCUGCUGCAAAAAUCCGUAUUUACUAGUCGCUGUGGCCAAACACCUGUGUGCUGACUCGCUUGCUUGCAGCCCCACUGCCGUGUAACCUCAGUACGCUCGCGGACAAAGCACGGGCCACAAGCUGCGUUACUGCUCGACGUUCAAGAGCUCAGAUAGUCACACGCCUAAUUAUUAAGUCGGAGCAACACAUAAGAGACCUUGAUCUCAGCCCUCCGGUUUCAGGGCAGCCUGUCUGGAGCAGCCCUGCUCCCUCCUGGAGACCCGGUAACCUCCUGACACCCCCUCCCCGGUCGGCACCGAUAACCGAGCAGCUGUAUGUGUUAUGUCACAGGAACUAAAUAAGAUGACGUUACUCCUCAUUAUCACCACGACCUGAAUGUGUGCUCAUAUUUUUUGUUAGUUUAUCCAAAAUGUUCAAGAUCCCAACAAACUUUAUUUUCUAAACCUGC